AUGGCAAUGACUGCACCGCCAGCUGGAACCUUUGUCCCGGGGACGAAGGUUCAAGUUGGAAACCACCGCGUUGUUAUCGAGAAAUAUCUCUCUGAGGGAGGGUUUGCGCAUGUAUAUGUCGUCCGCCUCCCGCAGCCGAUCGAUGGCGCUGAAACUGCCGUGCUGAAAAGAGUUGCUGUUCCGGAUAAAGUAGCUUUGGCAAAUAUGCGGACCGAAGUCGAAACAAUGAAGAAACUGAAGGGACAUCGGCAUAUUGUGAAGUACAUUGACUCCCACGCAUCCCAGUUAAAGGGUGGUGGGUAUGAGGUGUUUCUUCUCAUGGAAUUCUGCGCCGGAGGUGGCUUGAUUGAUUUUAUGAACACUCGGUUGCAGAAUCGCUUGACCGAACCGGAGAUCUUGAAGAUCUUCUCCGAUGUUGCCGAAGGAACGGCCUGCAUGCACUACCUGAAACCACCCCUACUGCAUAGAGAUCUCAAAGUCGAGAACGUCUUAAUAGCCCUGAAUGGGAAUUCAUUUUGCUACAAGUUGUGUGAUUUUGGCUCAACAGCGCCACCACGACCGGCAGCUUCGACUGCUGCCGAGGGAAGGCUAAUAGAGGAUGAUGUCCAACGCCACACCACCUUGCAGUAUCGGAGUCCAGAAAUGAUUGAUGUUUAUCGAAAACAGCCAAUCGAUGAGAAGAGUGACAUAUGGGCAUUGGGUGUCCUGUUAUACAAACUCUGUUAUUAUAUUACACCCUUCGAAGAGGUUGGGCAAAUGGCCAUCCUUAACGCCAAGUUUAAAUUCCCCACAUAUCCGCCUUUUUCCGACAGAUUAAAGAUGCUCAUAGCCUCUAUGUUACGAGAAGAUCCUCGAGAAAGACCCAAUAUUUAUCUAGUGUUGCGCGAGGCUUGUCUCAUGCAGGGCAAAGAGGUACCAAUCAAAGACAUAUAUUCUGGACGAUCACAAUCUGAGGCAAGACGUUACCAACAGUUGCCACCGUCUCCAACGGGGACACCCAAGAUAGGGGCCGUAUUUUCACCACCAAUGCAGGAGACGCAGAUUAUUCCCGACAUUGCCCCCAUGAGGAGGGGAAGGCCAACGAAGCCUGCCUACCAUCACAAUUCAUCCAAACCGAGCCCUUCGCCACUAAGAGCCUCCUCAAGCGACCCCUUUGCUGCCCUUGAUGGAAUCAAACCACCCAACGGAGAUGAACUCUCGUCCAGGUUUCCAACCCUUGACGAAUUUUCGCUCUUCCACGACCAAGGAACCAAAUUUGAAUUCGAGCCAAUUGUUUCAGAGACCAAACCUGCCACGGAGUAUCUUUCAAAGCGAAUUACUCAUGCUCUCGCAGAUGAGGUUUUUGCCAAAGCCAACUCAGCCCCUGCUACCCAUAGGAGCCCCGCAAUAGGCUCACAAUCCAGACACCAUGUCGACAAUUCUGCACAAGAGAAACUUCCAAAACCAUCGCUUGAGUUGGUCUCUGAUAUCACCCGGCAAGAGACCACCACGCUACACCAACCCGUUCCUCAAAGGCCGGCUAUGGUGUCUACUGGCACGAUGACUUCUCCUUCCCCACGCCCACGCCCAUCAGAGAGCCCGCCUUUUUCACCAAAACCAAAGUAUCGAUUUCCAAAUACCUCGUACGAAAAGAGACCUUCUGGCCAAAAGUGGGAGGAUAACGAUGAAAAACCACACCGGUCCCGUGAUGGAUAUACUUCACGCACCGGGUUUUUUAAACGGGAAUCCGAACACAAAGGUUUUUUCGAAGGCUUGCCAAAGUCUCCUGCUUCUUCUAGACCUUCAUUGGAGGGAUCUCGACCUUCUGCGCUUGAUCUUACUGAUUCUACCAUCCGCUCCAAAUCUGUAAACUCGAAAUUCCGACCUGCCAGCACGUACGCUAGGUCGAAACCCGAAUACCUUCGCGAUCCCGAGAGCCCAAGAGCUUCUUUCGAUUCUAGUUUCCUUCAGGGUGGAUAUGAAGGUGGUGAACUAUUACAUCACCCACGGUCAGAGAUGGACCGUGAUUUUGAGCGAGCAAAUAUAUCGUCUGAUAUUGACUUCCUUCGUUCUAAGGAAGAGGAAGAGAUGAACCGAAAACGAGAGAAACGUGCAAGUAGCGGAUCAAAACAUGUCAAGCGGUCAAGUUUAUCUUCAAUAUCUUUAUCUGGUACCAAGAACCUCCUUGCCGGCCGAUUCGGUGAUGCCUUCCGUCGUUUCGAGCAUAAUGCAUCUCAAGAUCGGACAAGCCGAAGUCCUUCCCCUAGUAAUGUGAAUGCGCGCCUCACCCCAAUAACGGGCUCAGAAGUUACAGAGAUGAGCGAUGAUGGGAAUGGAUUUAACCAAGACGAUAUUUCUCCUGAAGCGCGUCGUGAGCUGGAGCGACGACGAUUAUCUCAGGAGGAGAAGCGAGUGGCAAAUGCUGCAGCUGAAUAUCGCCAGCGUUUAGCUGAACGACGAGAGGAGGGAGGACGAGCCGACGGUAGGAGUGAUCGAAGAAGAUCAGCAAUAAUUCAGAGCAAGGUCCAGUCACUCCUCAAAGAAAAUGAUAAACCCCAAAUAGCCAAAACGGCCUCAGGCUAUGGACGGUACACUGAUAGGGACACUGCUUUGCAGGCGAAGCAGUUUGAGCAACCACUACCAUCGCGGCCAGUGCCAUCAAACGUUCCUCGAAAAACUGCUCCAUCACGACAAUUCCCUAGUCAGCCUCCCCGACUGCCAUCGAAGGACUCACUCUCUGUGGCCCCCGCCACUGCUAGACCGCAGCAGCCAACGUCAUCGGAACAGUUCAUACCCCGCAACCCCGCCGAUCGAAAACCCGCAGCGCCUCCAAAACCACAGAAUCUGCGGACUGGAAACCGAUCUGAUAAUCCAACAGCUGCACCUGCCAAUGCGCGCACAUCGUCUAUAGACACUAAGCCAAGGGAGAUAAAUGGCGAUAGGGAGGCGAAUUUCAGCAAGCGACACCCAAGUCUAUCAGGAAUAGAAAUGGUGGAGACCGAGAUUGGUUUACCCCGAGUAACACCCAUGAGAACAAAAGAGGUGUGA